CGCCGCUGCUCCUGCUGGUCUCUACACCGCCGUCGUUCUUUGUGUUGUGUUCUCUUCAUCCCUCGCCAUUCAUCACGCACAAGUUUUCCGGCGAAAACGCGCCCCCCAGUGCCCACAGCCGCCCUCCUCGCCCUCGUCCUCGCGCAACCCUCCCCAAUUACGUAAUAUUUUCGGCCAUUUCCGCAAACAGCGGCCGGCUGCUGGUCCCCACCAACAGCUGUGGUAUCGCGAUUCGCGAUUGUUUUGCGUCUCGUCGAUCGCAGUAGCCUUGUACAUAGUCGCAGUUUUUUGCUGUCGCAAACCAUGUUGUCGUGCCAUUGCCUGAACGUGAUAAUCGAAACCGAAGGUGACUUGCAGAAGGUCACGGCCGAAACGUUGGGCUUGUCUGGGGAGGAGGUCCAGGACGGCUUCUUCAAGGACGUUCGGCAAGUCGAGAAAUUAGUAAACAUUAAUAAAAGUCACUCCGGCUUGAUUCAAACUAGAAAUGUAGGCUCUUGGGUUAUUCAUUGUUGUAUUAAUUGUGAUGUUCAUUCGCAUGCAGUACACCGAGACAAGGGUGCUUCCUGCGUGCUGGUCAACUCCAAACUGUUUAGCAAGGAAGUCAUAGACAAGCUGCGGACGAGCAACAGCUUCUCUAAAUUGUACAAAAUUGUUAUCAAUUCUGACGACAUCGUCGACGACGUGCUGACCGCCAAUUCAUAUUUACCAAACGAUGUUGAGAAUGUUAUUAAGGGACUGAAGCAAGUCGCUGCUGACUCGCUCAAGACUGAAGCACUGAGAGUCGAGGAGAGGAUACGGCAGUUCAGUGAUGAGCAGUACAGCAAAUUGAGCGACUUGAGGGAGAGGGCCUUUAGAGAACAACAAAUUUUAACAAGGGUUAUUCUAAAUAACACUUUGAACAACGCGAAACCUGCAAGUACAAAUUCGGGCAUGUCCAAUCCGCAAGGGAUGCCAUCCAGACUGAACGAACCUUUAGAUGCCGGGAGUGUGAAACUGGCUUCGAGUCCGAGCGCCUCUGCGAGCCCCGCCCACCGACACACCCCCAAGCGCCAGAAGAGCUGUCCCAUUGGCCACCACCUCAGCUCGUUCGACAGCGAGGGCCUCUUCGAGCUGGAGGGCACCGACGACGUCCAUUCGGGCACCGGCUCGGAGAUCGAAGAGAGCGACCUGGACGACGCGAACCGCGAAGACGGCGUGAAAAUUCCGAAGCGGGGGAGCACCGGUAACGCCAUCGCCAAGUCGCUGCCGAUGACGAUCCCCGCGUUCCUGUCGCAGGCGCGGAAUCGCGGCUUCGAGGACGUGGACGAAGCGCCGCCUGUCGAGCGCACGAUGGACAUAGCGGCGAGCAUCAAGGCGCUGGCGAAGAGCGUGCACGGGGACCCCGUGUUCGGGGACUUACCUAAGCCGAGAUACACUUACAUUUAAUACAUCUUCCACCGUUCUUCCUAAAUUUAAGGGUUAUCUGGUUUCAUAUACAAAUAAUCGCUUGUUGUGUCGAUGACACACUAGUCGUUAUCAUGUGUUGCGCGGUUUGUUGUGUUUUGGUUGUGAGAGAGGAGGAUAUUGUGAUUAUUACUUGGAAAAAUAUUUUUGUACAAAAAGUUCCUCAAACGAUAUCGCAGACUGCACUUGUACCUUGUUGACUUUGAGGAAGGCCAGUAAAUUUUGAUAAUUGGCAGCUUUGGCGGCGAAGAGGCUGUUUUUUAUAUGUAGUUAGCGAGGAGAUUUUUCAAAUUGUUCGUUGGAAUUUUAUGACUAAGUUGGGGCGGACCCUGAUUCGAAGUUAUGUUUAGUUAUGUGUUACUGUGUUGUUUGUAAUGACAAGACGUCAAUGAUCUGUUUAUUUUAGGCGUUAUUUUUUACUAUACCUUAUUUGUAUCUUAGAUUUGCCAUUGCUCUAAUUUAGUUCGUGUUAUUUACGAGAAGGCUACGAAACUAAAUGUACAACUUAUAGUUUGUAAAUUAUUUUUAAUAAUUAUAAGAAGAAAUUCUGAUGAGUAAAGCAGAUACAACCAUUA